AUGACCGCGACAUCAAACACAGUUCCUAACGAGGCGACCAAGGCCGCUGGCCCAGCCCAAGCCUCGCCUGAGCAAGACCGUGGGGUACCCAACCUCAAGGACCGCAUCCCGAAACUGGAGCCACGGCGGAGAAAGGCCGAGCCUGCGAAUCCGAUGCCCGUCCCGGAGACACCGGCAGCACCGCCGCGCCCAGAUCCAGCAACUGUCACCUUCACCACGCCGACCAGGAGGAUACUCUCACCCAAGGACCACCAACUGUUCCUCGCUUCCCCAACCUACACCCUCAUUCUCUCCUUCAUCUUCGGCCUUUCGGAAUCCGUCGUCGACAAGCCCAUCUCCGCCGUUAAAGAUUCCGAUCUGUCCCCAACCGUCAUAUCCAUUCUCUCCAUCCUGGACGAAGCCGAGUCACUCUGCCGAGACUCCCCUCCAGACGACCAAGGCGGUUCCCGCUUCGGCAACAAAGCCUUCCGCGUCUUUCUCGACAAGGUCAAGCACCGGUCCCCUUCAUGGCACGCCACCCUGCUCAAUAUCUCCAACGCGGCCGCGGCAGCCGAGUUCUCCACCUACCUCCACCAAUCCUUCGGCAACCGCACCCGCAUCGACUACGGCUCGGGCCACGAGCUCAACUUCUUCAUGUGGCUGCUCUGCCUAUACCAGCUCUCCCUCCUGCAACGGUCCGACUUCCCCGCCCUGGCCCUGCGCGUCUUUGCUCGCUACCUGGACCUCAUGCGCCGGGUGCAAAGCACGUACUAUCUCGAGCCGGCGGGCUCGCACGGCGUGUGGGGGCUAGACGACUACCAGUUCCUGCCGUUCCUCUUCGGCGCCAGCCAGCUGGUGCACCACCCCUUCAUCACGCCGCGCGCCGUGCACCAGGAGCUGACGCUCGAGGAGUUUGGCGGCGAGUUCCUGUACCUAGGCCAGGUGGCUUUCGUCAACAGCACCAAGACGGUCAAGGGCCUGAGGUGGCACAGCCCCAUGCUGGACGACAUCAGCAGCGCCAAGAACUGGGCCAAAAUCGAGGGCGGCAUGAGGCGCAUGUUCGUGAGCGAGGUGCUGGGCAAGCUGCCCGUGAUGCAGCAUUUCUUGUUUGGCGCGCUGAUUCCCGCCGCGGAGGGGAUGAGCGAGCCAGCGGAGAGGGGUGUGAAAGAUGAGGAGGAGGAGGAAGAGGGCGGGGAGGUGGAGGUGUAUGAUGACAAGGACGGGGUGAGGCACAUACAUCAGCAGGUCGGAUGGGGAGAUUGUUGUGGGAUCAAGGUGCCGAGCAGUAUUGCUGCGGCCGAGGAAAUGAAGAAGAGGGGGGCUGUGGAGCAGUUGAGGAGGAUACCGUUUGACUGA